AUGUGCCAUUUAGCAUAUGCUGUCGUAUGUCAGUUUUACGUUUCAUGUCAAUCUUGUUUUAUGAUUGACGAAGCUGUUAAACAAUAAAUUUGAUGCUCUUCAAAUAUUCAAAUCAAAUAAGACGAAUAAAAUUCUCAUGUGAUUUAUUACAAAGAAAUCUGUGAUUGUUUAUUUAUUAAGAAGUAUCCUAUACGAAUUUAAAUAAUAAUUUGAGAGAUGCCACGGACAAAAAUUAAUACCAAAAAAACAAAUAAAAAACUGGAAGAAGAAGGAAUAAAUAAACAACUAUUGCUAUCUAAUUUAGUUGAAAUACAAUCAGAAUUGGUAAAUGAGUAUAAGAUGAAGGCGAGGUUAAUUAUAGAGGAAAAUUGUGCGCAGUCCUUUACCCACUUUGCUCCAAUGUUGCACAGAAAAGUAUCUGAUGUGUUAGAAAAUGGUCUCUCCUCAACUAGUACCCUACCGAGUUUGAAUUUAACCAGUAAAAAAGACAUUUUAAGCCAAACCAAGAGCGUUAAAAAAAACAAUAAGCCAGUUAAGAGAAGUUCCUCACUUGUGGACGAAGGCUACUUAACAACAGAGAGUUCAAAUUCAGUUGGUAGGACUUCAACGCGCCAGUCGCGAUCAAAAGCAAAGAAAAACGAAGAAAAACGUACCAGGAAGACAAGAUCGUUAUCACGAACCAACCAGAGUAAAAAUAAUUUCAUAACACCAGCUAAUAAAAAAAAUUUACCCAGUACAUACGGAUUAGUUACGCCCAAGUGCAAACCCAACAUGCCUCAAGUACUCCUCAGGCGUCCGAAAACUGGUGAAGUGGCUUUAUCGUUUCAAGGAAGUCCCCUGAUGACUGCCCCAGUAGUAACCGAUGAAUUGGCCAACAUUAAUAUACCCCUUAACGAUGGUACUUUAUUGAGUUUAAGAGCCCAAGAAGGUUUGAGAUUGUCCCAAAUACCUCAAUUCGAUAAAACCAUUUUAAAACAACUGGACACUUUGGGUCAAAACAUUUCUUUAGUACUGAAAGCGGCUAAACAACUAAAAUAAUUGUAAUAAUAUAUUCGGAUGACUGUUGUUCAAAUUGUUUGGAGGAAGAAGACCUGAAAACUAAUUGAUUUAAGAUUCUUCUCCAACUUUUGUGAAAUUAUGAUCACAAGUUUUGGUCAUCUGAGAUAUUAUUUUUUAAAAUAAUUUUUAACUUUAUUAUUAUUUUAUUGUAUUUAAUAGCAUUUAACAGUGUUUAGGUUAUUAUUAAGUUGGAUGUGUUUUUAUCGAAAUUAUCUGAAUAUAAAAGAAUAUGGAUUUUA